UUCCUAAGAAAAUUCUUGACUUAAUGAACGUUGAAGGACUCACAAGAGAAAAAGUUGCAAGCCAUUUGCAGAAAUACAGGCUUUACCUCCGAAAGAUAAGUUCUGGUUCGAAUCUGCAGGCGGGUGGAAGUAGACUUGUUUCUGUAGGGACUGAGGAUUCGCUGGCGCAUAUAGGGGGAGGCUAUGGAGUAUACCGCAGCCUGGCAGGGCCAGCAAGCUAUCCUGGGUACUCAUCCCUACCAGAUCAUGCAGGAGGAGUUCUAGGUCGCUUGAACGCUGCUACUGGGGUAGCUAGUUUCAGAGGCAUAUCUUCUUCUCCGUUGCUUCAAACAUCCCAAUUUCCAAACUCCUUCAAUGCUGCUACUGUGAGGUUUGAUCCAUUCCCUUUCUCUGCAAACCAAAAUGCUUCUUAUUUGUUGCAAGCCAAUCCUACGAUAACAACCAUGCAAAUGAAUAAUAGGCUUCCUCUCCUUACUCCACCAACACCACCAACCUCCUCCAUGAUGUUAAACACAAGAGAAUUCGACACCCAAUCAUCUUCGAAUCUUGGGAUUAAUAUGUCGUUGGAUUCUACUGCCAAAGUAAGCUGGGGGAAACCUAUUCAGCCUGUUAUUCACCCACUUUCUUCACCACAAAACUUGCUUCCAAUUCCAUCCAACAAUAAUGUCUCUGCUGCUGACAUAACUCCUCCCAAUGCUCAAACUCACAACGAUAAUCCUCUUGAUUUUUUAUUUGGAACCUCAUCUAUGGGUCAUCCAAAUGCCCAAAUCCAAGACCGUCCAAGUAGUCUCAAUGAUUUUAACAUCCCAGCACAGGGACAACAGGUUCAAAAGCCGAAUUAUUUUAUGAACUUAUGCAACAUUUCCAAUGCCUCAAGCUCCUUGAUCCCGGCUGUAGCUCCGACACAAGGAGAGAAUAACAACAACAUCACUGCUGUUCCAUCCUUGAGCCAAUUGGAAGAUGCUUCUCCACAAUCCCAGCAGCAAAACGACGCUCACAAGUCUUUUGAUGACUCAACUGGCCAGAAUAGUACUGAAUCCUUGGAUGAUAUCGUGGGGAGGUUUCUUAAACAGGGAAAUGGUGAAGCUGCAGCAGCACCAGACUUGGAGCUUGAUCCUUUCCUCAUGAAGUAGUUCCAUUUAAUUUACUUCAGACGACACCUUUGUUAUUGUAAUGUUUUAUGCAUGUGUUCUUUAGAGGACACCUUUUUAUUGUGAUGUUUUAUGGGUGUGUACUUUCAAGGACACCUUUUUUAUUGUAAUGUUUUAUUUUAUGUGAAACUUAUUUUACUUUGGAGGACACCUUUUUUAUUGUAAUGUUUUAUUUUAUGUUAAACUUAAUUUAUUUUGGAGGACACCUUUUUUAUUGUAUUGUUUUAUAUGUUAGAUGAUAUUAUCAGUUUCUUUCAAGUAGACUCAUAAUCUCUGAUGCAAAAGAAUAAUUUUACAGUGCAGAAGCAGCUAUUUAUAUUAACAGGAUAAAGAAAAGCAUUUGAAUCGACAAGCUAAUUGCCAAAGUAGCAGCAUGCAAUUAUCAAGUUGCUUCCUAACAGUGGCGGAUCCAGAAUUUUACGGGUGCUAGGUCACCAUUACUCUGUUACGGGGAAGGAGAAGGAUAAUGACAAGUCACUAAUGAAACUACCAAAAAAAUUUCGAACAAUGACUUUAACAAUUUACCAAUUUGAGAGCUAAGUAGGUAGUGGUAGAUAUAUGUAAAAAGAAAAAAAAAAAACAAAAAAAACGCUAGUAGCUUCCCCUGGGAGUCGAACUAGUAACUUUAGUCUAAAAAUAUGAAGCCUCCACCAUUAGACUACGGAGUACAUAUCAUUAUCAAUUGCAGUAUUUAAUAUUUUAACCUUUUCUGUUUUCGUGCUAGGUCACGUGAC